CCCUUUCCUUUCAUUUCUUCUCUGUAACUCUUUUAAAUUCUUUUUCUCAUUUCGUUUCAAGUUCUUCUCUCUUACAAAUCCAAUCUCAUUUCUUAUUCUCUCUGUCGAUUGAAAAAUAAAUGGCCUCUUCACUCUCAACAACAUCCUCCGCUGCCUUCACUUCCGUUGCUAAAACAACCACUGCCUUGCCUAAUUCCACUAACCUUCAGCUCUCCAUCGUCUCCUUUCGCUUUUCUUCGAGGCCAAACCUUCGAUUCUUCUCCAAGAGUUUGCAACAUGGUCAGAACUCUAAAACAGUGGUGAAAGCCCAACUUAAUGAGGUUGCCAUAGAUGGAUCAUCAAAUGCUUCUGCUGCACCUACAAUCAAAUCAGGGGCACCAACAGCAGAAGCAAAGGAUGCUAAGACAUCAAGCGAUGUAUCUCCUCUAGCUAUGGCCACAGAAGAGUCAAUUGCAGAAUUCCUUAAUCAAGUUUCAAGUCUAGUAAAGCUAGUUGAUUCACGAGAUAUUGUGGAGUUGCAGCUUAAACAACUUGACUGUGAACUGGUAAUUCGGAAAAAGGAGGCCUUGCCACAACCACCAUCUGCAGCUCCAGUUGUGAUGAUGCAGUCAGCCUCUCAACUACCAGUAAUGCCUCCGCCCCCAUCUGUCCCUGCACUUCCUGCUGGUCAAGCAUCUGCUGCCCCAACUCCAGCACCUUCCCUAGCUGCUUCUAAGUCAGCCAAAUCAUCACUUCCGCCUCUUAAAUGUCCAAUGGCCGGUACAUUCUACAGAAGUCCGGCUCCUGGUGAACCACCAUUUGUGAAGGUUGGAGACAAAGUGCAGAAGGGUCAAGUUUUAUGCAUCAUUGAGGCAAUGAAGUUGAUGAAUGAAAUAGAGGCUGAUCAGUCGGGAACCAUAGUUGAGAUCCUUGCAGAAGAUGGCAAAGCAGUCAGCGUUGAUAUGCCUCUAUUUGUGAUUGAACCUUGAAACUGAGUAGGCAAAGCCAAAACGAUGGAGUAAAAUCUAGGGAGGGCAUGUUGAGUUGUGUGCUUUUUUUGGUAAACGUUGUGGGUGAGGCAUUGUUUUGUUGUGAGAUAGUGAUUUGGUAGAGAUGCAAAUAACCUGUUAUCAUAAUGAUAAUGAAAUAGUUACGUGUGAUGAGAAUUUAUCGCUGCAGUUGGGAAUAGUAGUUUUUACCAUUUUUACGCAUUUAAAGUUUUGGAUUGGUUCAAAAAAAAGAAAGUUCUGGAUUGGUUAAAUUCUGAGGAUGGUCCCUGUACUUAUCUAUUUGUCUGGAUUUAGUCUGUCCCUGUACUUAUGGAUUUGUGCGGAUUUAGUCCUCUACUUUUAUUUGCUCCAAA